AUGUCCUAUCCACCAAACCAAGGUUAUCCACCACAAUCAAAUUCACCACAACCAGGACAAUAUGGAGCCCCACAACAAGGUUAUCCACCACAACAAGGAUACCCACCACAACAAGGUUAUCCACCACAACAAGGUUAUCCACCACAACAAGGUUAUCCACCACAACAAGGUUAUCCACCACAACAAGGUUAUCCACCACAACAAGGCUAUCCACCACAACAAGGUUACCCACCACAACAAGGCUACCCACCACAACAAGGUUAUCCACCACAACAAGGCUACCCACCACAACAAGGUUACCCACCACAACAAGGUUACCCACCACAACAAGGCUACCCACCACAACAAGGUUAUCCACCACAAGGUUAUCCACCACAACAAGGUUAUCCACCAGUUGGUGUACCAGUUGGUGUACCAGUUGGAUUUGCACCAGGUAUGGUAGUUGGAUAUCAUCAAGGUUACUUUGUUGGUACAAUCACUCAUGAUUGUAAACAUGAUGCUGAAGUUUUAAGAAAAGCAAUGAAAGGUAUUGGUACAAAUGAAUCUGAUUUAAUUAAAGUUUUAGCCAAUAGAAAUUGGGCUGAACGUGAACAAAUCAAGAGAGAGUUCUCUGCCAAAUAUAGCAAAGAUUUAAUUCAAGAUAUUAAAUCUGAAACCAGUGGUAACUUUGAAAAAUGUUUAGUUGCCCUCUUAACUGAACCAGCUCAUUUCGAUGUUGAACAAAUUCACAGUGCUUGCGCUGGUGCAGGUACCAACGAGAACACUAUAAUUGAAAUUUUAGUUACCCGUAGUAAUGUACAAAUGGAAUACAUUAAACAAAUCUUCAAGAAUAAACAUGGUAAAUCAUUAAAAGAUCGUCUUGAAUCCGAAGCAAGUGGUGACUUUAAGAAAUUAUUAGAGAAACUCACUGAACCAAGAGAUGAAUCACCAGUCAUCAACCCAAUGCAAGUUUCAAAAGAUGCUGAAGAUCUCUACAAAGCUGGUGAAGGUAAAAUUGGUACCGACGAAAAGGAAUUCAUCAAAAUUCUCACCUCUCGUUCAUUACCACAUAUUGCUGCCGUCGCUAGUGAAUACAUUAAACAUCACAAAAAACACUCACUCAUCAAAGCAAUCGAUUCUGAAUUCUCUGGUUCAAUUAAAACUGGUUUAAUCGCUAUCGUUACCUAUGCUCUCAACCCAUAUGGUUAUUUCGCUGAAAUCUUAAACAAAUCAAUGAAAGGUGCUGGUACAAAUGAUAACAAACUCAUUCGUACUGUUGUAACUCAAAUGCACAAUAUGCCACAAAUUAAAACUGCUUAUUCAACUCUCUUCAAGAAUUCAUUAGCUCAUGAUAUUCAAGCUGAUUGUAGUGGUGAUUUCAAAAAAUUAUUAUUAGAUAUUAUCUCAUAA